AUGGCAAAUGCACGAACAAUACGGGAGUUGGCCGCUCCAAACUUGACCCAACAACCUCUCUGCAUAACUUUCCCUCGCCUUAGUGAGAAUGCAGCUUUUGAAUUAAAACCUGGUCCAAUACAUUUGUUGCCUACUUUUCAUGGUCUGUCAGGUGAGGAACCCCACAAACACAUGCAGGAAUUUGAUGUGGUGUGUUCGAGUAUGAAGCCUUCGGGAGUAACUGAUGAACAAAUUAAGUUAAAGGCCUUCCCUUUUUCUCUCAAGGAUUCGGCAAAAGACUGGUUAUACUGUCUACCUGCAGGCAUUAUCACCACGUGGCCAGAGAUGCAGAAAAAAUUUUUUGAAAAAUAUUUCCCUGCGUCCAGAGCUGCUAGUUUGCGAAAGGAAAUAUGUGACAUCAAACAAUUUCACGGGGAAUCCUUGUAUGAAUAUUGGGAGAGAAAUAUCAUUGAUGCAGCAAGUGGAGGUGCACUGGUGAAUAAAACUACCCAAGAGGCUUGGGAACUAAUCGAGCGAAUGGCAGAGAACUGCCAGCAGUUUGGUACAAGAGAGGAUGUUCCUACGAGAAAGGUCAACGAGGUAAGCUCAUCUUCCAUUCAACAGCAGUUAUCUGAAUUAACCUCAUUUGUUCGACAGAUAGCUGUAGGAAAUGUACAGCAGGCCAAGGUGUGUGGGAUUUGUACGAACAGUGGUCAUACCACCGACUCGUGCCCACAGUUACAAGAGGAGGGAAUUGAGCAAGCAAACAUGGCUGGUAACAUGCCCAUGCCACGUAGACAGUAUGACCCCUAUUCCAACUCAUACAAUCCGGGUUGGAGGGAUCAUCCAAAUCUGAGCUAUGGGGGAAAUAAGCAACAAAAUUUCACCCCCAAUAGACAACAGGGCUUCCAGCAACAAUAUCAAACAAAGAAUCAACCCUCCUCUAACCCAGGUAUGUCCUUAGAAGACAUGGUUAAAAUCAUAGCCUCUAACACUAUGAAAUUUCAGCAGGACACUGAGGCCAGCAGUCAAGAGACGAAGGCGCGUAUGCAAAACUUGGAAAAUCAGAUGAGUCAAUUGGCCUCAAUUGUCAACCGACUGGACUCCUAG